ACUCUUUUCCACAAUUCCAAAUCUAAUGUUCAUGGUCAUUUUUGGACAAUUACAAUAGAACGCUGCUGCUGUUUGUACCUCCCCAUAUAUCACUCUUGUCUGCAUCAUGAUGGGAGUUGGGUUUCUUCCUGCCCUUAUAUCAGUAACUAGAGUCCAAACAUAUCUAACACAAGGUGAUGGCCAUGGAACAAAAUGGCACAAUGACAGUGUUGGCUAAUGCCAAGGAAAAUCCAAACUAUGAAUGUAUUGACUGGAAAAAAGCUGAGUGGGCCUUUACCUACCUGCCCCCGUACAUGUGGUUCAUCUUCGUCUUAGGGGUUAUAGAAAAUUUGUUUGUCAUCUCCGUCUUUGUCCUUCAUAAGAGUCGCUGUACAGUGACUGAGAUCUACCUGGGGAAUAUGGCGGCUGCCGAUCUGAUUCUUGUUAGCAGACAUCCAUUUCGGGCCAUUUAUAUCUCCAACAAACACCAAUGGCCAUUUGGAGGCUUUAUGUGCGCAGCUGUCAGCUUCUUGUUUUGGCUCACCUUUUACAGCAGCAUCUACUUCCUUAUGAUGCCUACAGUAACAGUUGUAUCAAUCCGAUCAUAUACAGUAUGGUUGGGAAUCAAUUUAGACAAAAAGCCAGAGAGGUCUACAGGAGGCUUCUAUGUAAAGAACCUGACAGAAGGACCUGACAGAAGGAUGUCAUAA